UGAAAAAUAGAGACAGGAGUUUAAUAAUAAAAAAAACGCCAAGCAGGGCAGUGGACCGUUCCUUUAUAUAUAUAAAAACUGAUCUGGACUUGCUUUUAAUUUGCUUUUUUUCCUCUUUAAACUGACGCACAACACAAUGGAACAAGAAUCGUUGCCUCCAUUCCGCAUUGUGUAUUGGACACAGUGGUUUAACGGCUUCAUGUUUGACGGCAACGAUCAAGUAUUGAGCAAUGACGAUUGUCCUAUACCUGAUGGCUACAGUCUCGAUUCCCCUGAAAGCUGGUGCACGAUUACACCUUCGACCGACAAUGUUGACGCUGCAGCCGGCGUUUUAUUUCAUGCGGCCGACUAUUUCUCUACUCAAGUCCCUGCACGUAAAGUAUCCUUUCUUUCUCUCUGACCAAACAAGAUGGUUAAUUCUCAUUAUCUACAUAUUAGGGGUAAAAUACCAACCAUGGAUAUUGGAGACACAAGAAUCGCCCCACACAGCAAAGUUUCGCAUGGACGCAAAAGAAAUGCGAAAUUUCGACUACCUGGCCUCAUACCAUCUCCAAAGCGCAUUUCUGUUCUCGUACUACUCUCCUGCCGUCAUGGACGUCGCAACCCGGCCUCUGCCGAUGGAUUUCUUGACACACUUGAAGAAAAAGCACAAGGCGCCUAUCGUUUGGAUCGCGCGCAAUUGUGGGGCUACGAGCGGACGCCACCACUAUAUCGAGCAAUUGAUGCAGUACAUUGAUGUGGAUAGCUAUGGUUCGUGUCUCAACAACGUAAAGUAUCCCGAAGGCAAGGAUCGGAUGGAGUUGAUGGGCGAGUACAAGUUUUAUUUGGCCAUUGAAAAUGCCAAUUGCGAUGAUUAUGUAACCGAGAAAUUAUUUGACACCCUCCUGGUAUCCACGGUCCCUAUUGUCGACGGGCCCAAUUCAUACCAAGGCUUUCUGCCAGACAAAAAUGCAGCCAUCCGAAUGGACGCCUUUCCCGAUCCAAGGGAACUGGCAAAGUACAUUGACUACCUCGACAAGAACGACACGGCGUACCUGGAACACAUGGCAUUUCGACGAGACGCACUGGAUAUCCCAGCGCGUGAGCGGCUGGAUCCGACAUUUAUUGGCAACUGGAGCGAUCCGUCCUUUCACAACAUGCGGAGCAGCUGGUGUUCAGUGUGUCGUGGGAUGUUGCCUUGGUGGCAAGCCCGACAACAACAACAACAACAGAAUAUAGAAACCAUUGCACUGCAGCAAUUACAACAACAACACAAAAAGGACACCUUGCUAGUAGACAAGAGUUGUAUGGAAGGUGGCAAGUGGGAUUAUGCUCAAGAAGGACCGCCUUACUUGCCGGAUUGGGAAAAGUCGCCUCAUCCGUUGACGUUGUUGUUGAAUGACGGAGGAGAAAAGCAUCCCGCAACAUCGCAACGGGAAGAGUUUAUGGGUCGCGUACACAGUGAUGCGUAUACGGCACGAAAGGUCUGGGCAGUUGAGCUGGUUCUGGGCACCUUUUUUAUGGCGUUUGUAGCAUUUGUAGUCAUUCGCGGUCGUCGGCGUCAUCGUAGUAAGCAAUUCAAGUCAGAGAUACCCCUGUCUGUUAAUUAAAUGUUCUUUCUUUUCCCCCACAUACACACACACACACACACACACACACAUGCAUUUGUACAUACACUAUAAACAUUCUUUUUCAAUCUUGUAC